AUGGAAGAUAUUUCAAUUUUCAAGUGUGAUUCUUCCACUUUCACCCUGCGUUACGCCGUUCAAACUCUGACCGAAAAUCCAUGCAGUGGAUGCCGUAUCAACGAAACCAAAGUUCCCAUAUGUCAGCGGCGCCUGUAUGCUCCAAUAGCUUCGUGUAAAGAGGAGUCAACCAGGAUCUCCUUUAACUUAAAAGUAUGGCCAACGGACGAGAUUCCAGAUAGCGAAGCAAGCAACCAGUCAGCGGCAAGCUUCGAAGAUAGCCAUGAUUUCUUUACAAUGCAACCCCAAGAAAGGGCUAUCGUGUUGAAACUGAAAGAGGUGUCGCUUGUACAAUAUUCUGGCUUGGCUUUCAACUGGAGUUCUAACUCUUCGUCCUUAAAUUUUACCAUGGAUUACAGCAUAGACGGCUUUCACUGGGUCGACUACGUUGAGGACGAACGAGUAAAGGUUUUCCAAGUCCACCGCUACCAUCCAACAGCAUGUUUGUGCCGUAAGGUGCUCGCCAGGUACAUAAGGAUAAAGAUGACAGAAAAAUCAGAGUUUGCACCUUGGCUGAGUGGGUAUUUAGAUGCCACAUUUUGUUCAAUUACGGCCGGAGGAGAGACAACAGAACAUCGAACACAAACACGGAAAAGGUAUUCGACUGGCCUUUAUGAAAUGCGCAAGAAAUACAACCUAAAUAUGAAUGCGUCAGCUGUUGAUUUAAAGAACUACACGAGGUUAUACCUAGGUUGCCAUUGGGUAAACGUGAGCGCAGGAGAGCUCUUCCCCUCUGGACUCCCAAUUUACACUGAAACCGACGAAAGAAUCUGUAUUAAAACAUGCUCCAUGUUGAAUUACGACUACUCAGCGAUUCAGUCAGGACUCAUGUGUUUCUGCUCAAAUAAGUUAACCUCAAAUCUCACCGACAACCAAACGGAUUGCCUAGUACCAUUCUUCUCGGAUAAGUGGUAUUUAAGUGAAGUUGCUAUGCGCUUUUAUCGAGUUCCAACAGAGAAUGUCAAAGUGGAGAAAUUUAGUCUUUCCCAUCAUAAAAGAAGGAUUGGCGAAGGUUUGAACAUCACCGCCUCAGUGAACAGUGACAACAUGGGAUUGGUUAGGUUCACGGUCCAAUCCGGCGACGGAAAUGAAUACGUUUUCUGCGAUCCAAAAAUGAGACACUUCUAUACAAAUCCUGGCAAUUACAGUGUUUCUUUGAUCGUCAAAGACAUCAAAGGCAAUACCUUAACGUUCACAGACUCGAUCGAAGUCGCUGAUAAUCUUACAAAACCAGAGUUGGAGUGUCCAAGAGCAGUACCACAAGGAGAGGCGGUAGAAUGCAAAAUAAAACUUGCUCGAGCCCUCAACGUCACAGGGAAGGUCACUGUGGAAAACAGAGAGAUCACGCUACAUCAAUAUUCAGAUACCCGGAUGAGCAGUUUCGGUGCAGACGUAGCCCGAUAUUUUCCAGAACCCAACACCAUGCUAAAAAAAUUACUAAACAAGCCGAAACGGAUCUACAUCCUCACAAAGCACAGUGUGCAGGGAGAAGGUUAUGUGGCUGGGCUUGAGUUUAAUGUUAUCCAACCGGGUCCGAUUCGAGUCCUCAUUCUGAGGCGUGUGGAUGAAGUACAAACUUUAGCAUACUCUUGGAAAAGUGGAAUCAUAUGCUCAAAUUCAGAAAAGCUAUUCAUGGACUAUGGCUCUUGUUGCUCUACUUCAUGUAGUUCGAUGAGAAACAAUCUGGGAUCAGUAGCAAAUCUGCAGUUUGUCAUCGUCAAUGAAGUCAUCGUGGCCCAGAAUAUGAGUGCAGGAUAUCACUUUGUGGACUUUACCAACAUCACUAAGUUAAAAGUGCUUCCUGGGGACAUGAUUGGCUGGUACAGCAGCGACUUGUUUGGUAAAAUUGGAUUUGUUGAGGAAACUACGGAAGAGCAAUGUCUUGUAUACGAGGGAAUUGAGGAUGGUGUUAUGAUAGGGCAAAAGCUGACCAAUCGCGUCCAAGACUUCAAUUCCAACCUUAGUUUUGCACUAAGAGCAAAUUUUGUUCCAAAAGCGCUCUCAGAAGUGUCAUUCAAACUUGAAGAAAUAGGCCCACACAAACUUGUUGUUGAAGUAACAGACAAGUUUGGCAAUAUGGCAAAAAUGACAAGUGGAAACAUAUUGUGUCAGCGUGCAGUGCAAGGACUCUCAAUAGACGUACCUGAGGUUGCCUUGGUCGGUCAAGUUGUGUUCGGAGUAAAUGUCACCAACGGAACAAAUGUGAGAUAUACUAUAAACUCCGGGGAUGGCCGAGUGAUUAAUCAGUCCGAGAAUAUUGUGAAACUCAAUUGCACCACACCAGGGGUCCGUGACAUCUCUGUUAUAGCCUUCAAUGACGUUAGUGUGGCUAUUGGUGAGUGCAAAGGGCUGGUUAUAUUAAGUGAAGUAGAAAAUAUCACCAUUCAAGCAGAAGAAGUUGUCGCCACUAAUGAUACUUUCACGAUCAAAGUCACUAUUCGCCGGGGUACUGCUGUCUAUUUGAAUGUUUCCUUUGGAGAUGAUUCUCCAGGUUUUAAUAUAAGCAACUUUGACGUGAAUAACACUUUUACAGUCGCUAAAAACCACUCAUACGGAAGGAACGGAGUUUACCGCAUCAAUGCAACAGUUAGGAACUCUCUUUCCUCCGCGUCGGCAGUACAAAGCAUCACCGUCCAAACUCGAAUUGCAGAUUUGCAGAUCUUCGCACCAAGGGUAACCCAUUCAACUGACAAUGAAUUGGUUAUAAACAUUUCAGUGGCUCAAGGGACUGAUGUCAAAUAUGAAGUUUGGCUUGAAAAUGAGAGAAAAAAGACAGCGAACGGACUCAGUGUAACUGUGGUGUUCCCCAUAGGAGAUUUAAGGCCUGGUGUCUCUUUACUCAACGUUAGUGCGUACAAUCUGUUACAAAGCCUCAACGAUUCAAUACAAAUUCAUUUAGAGACUCCCAUUUCAGGAGUAUUGUUUAAGUUGAAAUCUGAAACUGAAGCAGUCCAAGUGGCAAAAAAUUACACUUUCGUCUUACGUUAUGACAAAGGAUCAAGUGUCGAUAUAACUUUGUGGAAGAAUAUCAACGAAGGAAGUGUAUCUCUAGCACUCCAAAACGAAAAAGAGGAUUUGUUUCACGCGGUCAUAUAUCAGACACCUGGAGUCUUCAUAGCACGUUUAAACUGUAGCAACGUACUUGGGGGGGUCGUCAAAGAGAGAACCGUGAUAGCUCAACAUCCUGUCAAAAACAUUUCCAUUAACACCAACAGUCCAGUACCUCAUCUACCUGGCAUUAUUAACAUUACGGUGAAGCAGGACCGAAUUGUAGCGACUAAUGCAACUCUGAUAUGUUCGUUUGGCGAUGGAGAGACUAGUGAGAGACUGGAAUUUUCUGGAGAACUCGAAAUUUCUCACAGAUAUGUUAUGGCAGGCGUCUACAAAAUAGUGGUGAACAUAUCCAAUUUAGCUUCUUUUGUGUCAAAGGAGGUCAUCGUUGACGUGGUGAAAGUCAUUACCAUCAUGAAAGUCAAUGCAAAAUCGUCCGCUGCUAACUCCGUAUCAAGGUCGCCUUUACCUCACAAUAUCUUUCCUACUAAAAGUCGAGUCCUCUUCGAAGCUGAACAUGAUGGAAAUAUGAGUGUAACACUCUUUAUUUUUAACUUUGGGGAUGGAUUUGAAAGGAAUGGUACAUCACACCGCAUUGCGGAAGAACACACCUAUGUGUCGAAAGGAGAAUUUAAUGUCACACUUAAAAUAAUACAUCAAUUUGGAGAAAGUUGGAAUUUCACAGUGGUUACGAUAAAGGAAAGCAUUGCUGGCUUAGCGAUAUCAGACAACGCGCCAACAGUUUUAGGAGAGCCCACCACAUUCUUCAUGAACUGGACUCAACUAGGAACGGGUACUCUGAUUCAGGUUGAUUUCGGCGACGGACAAAAGAUCCUCCUAGGAAAUAAAAGCAACAACACUGUCGCAUCACCUGCAGGCGUUGAUAAACCGAUUGAUGCUUCUAUGCAGAAUAUCACAUUUGAGCAUACUUAUAAUCAAACACGUCUUUAUGUUGUUCUAGUACAUGGAUGGAACGAUGUUUCUUCCAUGAUAAUCUCCCAUCGCUCUGUGACUGUGGAGAAAGAAUGCAGUUAUCCCAGUCCUCAAAUAUUAAGUGUCGGCACAAACAUUAGCAGCGCUACAAAUACCAAGAAAGAUAGGGAGCUAAUUAUCUACACGAGAACGAAGGUAAGCUGCCAAGCGACGUACAAGACUAUCUUUAUGUGGAGGUUGGAGCGUAAUGACUUCCAAGACAACCUUUCUAUCAUAGAUGUCGAAACGGAUUUAAACAAGCCAAGCUUAACCAUUCCUUUUGGUUCACUUCCAUAUGGAAUUAUCACCUUACGAUUUACAGCCAAAAUGAAAUAUUUCAUCGAUGGAAUUGAUACCAUUGCGACCGGGUAUAUCAAUGUUGUACCAGCGGCUCUCAAGGCCAUACUUUACGGUGGAGGGUUCCGCAAAGUCAGCUCUAAAAGAUGGUUUAGCGUUGAUGCCUUCAUGUCUGAAGACCCAGAUAUAGGGCGUGGAGACUUUACUGGAAUUAGCUUUCAUUGGUAUUGUAGACGAUUUUCCGAGCAUUUUCCCUCGAAUGUGGAGACACUUCCUGCCGUUACAUUUAAAAAAAUCUCCUUGCAUUUGGGAAACGAAGGAUGUGAAGGAAGUGGACCUGCAAGGCUUAACUACUCGACAUCCGUUUUGAAGAUUGCGCCUGGGAUGCUUCGGGAGGACACAAUGUACGUUGUCAAACUGGUGAUCAAAAAAGAUGCGCGAGAAGCUUCGUUUGAACAAACUCUUUCAGUUCUUGCGCAAGUCUUACCGGACAUUGCAAUAACAUGCGAAGUAAACUGCGAUUACAAGGUUAACACCAACAAUCGGCUGUCUUUGAGGAGCAAUUGUGCCAACUGCCGCCAAGAAAAUUUCACCUCAGUGUCUUAUAGGUGGGAACUAUACAUAAGAGAUCAAGUCACAGGCAACUGGACACUUGAUCCCGAACUUGAUUCCAAAACACUGACAAACAGUUCUAAACAAAAUUUAGUUCUGAAGGAAAACAGUCUGGAUGUUGGUAGGAGAUAUAGGCUCGUAUGUUUAGCAGGCAGUGAAGAAGGCCAACAAGGUCAAAGUGAACACCAUUUUAUAACAAAUGUCCCCCCUCGAAACGGAAGUUGUACAAUCUCUCCCAUAGAGGGAAGGGUGCUGACGACCUAUUUCCAUAUCAAGUGUGAAGGGUGGAAAGACAUGGAUGGGCCGAUCGUUUAUAAAGUCUUUCGUGGCAGAACGCUCCUACAUCAUGGAAAAGAGGCAUCUUUGCCUCCUAUGCUUUUGACAACAGGUCCACCUCAAAACAAUUACACAUACUACUUGACAGUGAAUAUUUUUGACAAAUUUCACAGUCACAGCGCAACAGUGUUAUCAGUGACGGUGAGAGAGGCAACGAUGUCCGCUCAAGAUCUUAAGUCCAUGAUGGCUGAAGACGGUCUGGUGACAAACAUGCGCAUCUCAGGGGACCUACAAGGUGUUUCCCAGUUCAUAAUGUCGGCUGCCUCAGUACUUGCAAGCCAAUCUGCUAAGGAGAAGAACAACAAUGUUACUGGAGGAGAUGGAAAACUUAGCCAGCUGCAGGAGGAAUUGCUCGGAGCUCUUGAUCAACUUGAACCUGAGUCACUGGACUCGUUAGGAAUGGUGCUGGAGGCAAUGUCAUCCGUCACCAGUGAUGUCACAGAGUUAUCAAGUGCAGCGCAGUCGAGUGCCUUGAGUAUCCUCUCAAAAACUGUAGCUACUCUCUCAACGAAGAAAAACGCUGAUUCGCUAGAGACAAUAAAAUCAAUCAGCGCUGGAGUAAUGGAAAACUUAGGAAACUUGUUUGGAUCCUCGAAAUAUGAGCAAGACAGGAAUACCCUGCAGAUGACGCAGUUAAAGGACAAGGAGCAAUCAAAGACAACUGAAGAAGAGAUGGAUAAUCUGCAUCAAGACAGCAAGGAAAUUAAGAAAAAUGCGCGUGCCGUGACUACGUCUGCGAUGAAAAUCCUGGACGACAUCUUAGACAUGAUCGUUGAAUUUGAAAUGCCCGAUCAAGAACCUCAACUGCUAGAAAGCGAGCGCAUGACUGCGCUAGUUUCGAAAGUUAGCACCGAAAGGCUCGCGGGCUCAAGCUUUUCAAUCGGUGAAGGAUCCUUUGUUUUGCCCUUUUCUAAAGACAUUGUUGACAUCUUGCGGGAUAAAGACUGCUACGUCGUAGCGAAGGGUCUUAACGCUAAAGAUAACCCUUUCAUCUGGGAUAACUCAUCAUCUGGCGUAAAGAGCAACUGCCUUGGACUCAAGUUUGAGGACUGCCAUGGGACGCCAAUCAACGUGACUCGUCUGCAGGAUCCAAUCGCUAUCACGAUACCACGUGAUGGUGCCGGCGAUUCACCCGAACCAGGGAAUUUCACCAUAGAAGAGAACACGAUGAAAACACAUAAAUUGAACAUUGACGAUCCCACUUAUGCAAUGAACGCUGUGAUACAGCCCAGUGCUGUUAACUGUCUCCACGAUUUCGGGAUCUUCCUUCGUAAAAAUAAGAAGCCGACAACAGACACGUUUGAUUUCAAUUGGACCAUGAGUGUGCCUCCCAAAGAGGCCGAGAGGAGAGACAGUUUUUCAUUUUCUGUUUCAAAUUAUCAAUUGAAAAAAUCGGCCUCUGACACUGGGGAAUAUUAUCUGGGCCUUUAUGCGACUCUCCAUGAAGAAUCCAAGAAGGACGAGAAAUGUCGGACAGAACUGAACUACACUUUGUUCACCUUUGUCUCAUCAUGCAACUUUUGGGACGAGAAAGAAGAACUGUGGAAAGCAUCCGGCUGUGAAGUUGGACCAAAAACCACCUACUCCUCUACAGAGUGCCUCUGUACUCACUUGACAAAUUUUGGCGGAGGCUUCUUGGUGGCUCCAAAUCCUAUAGACUUUGACUCGGCUUUGAAGGGUUUUACCGAUAUUGCAUCAAAUCCCACAGUCUUUGCCACAGUUAUCACUAUAUUUGGCUUGUAUUUUAUUGGAGCGAUCUGGGCAAGAUGGAAAGACAAGAAAGACUUACAAAAGGUUGGAGUCACUCCCCUAUUGUCCAAUGAUCCUAGAGAUACGUAUGGCUAUGAGAUCACUCUACAGACUGGUUUUCAACAAAAGUCGAGAACAACUGCAGACGUGUUCAUCCAGCUGUUUGGCACUCUGGGAGACAGCGAGCCCAGGAUGUUGAAGGAUCCGAAGCGUCCGAAAUUCGGGCGAGGGGAAAUCGAUCAGUUUCUGUUAACUGUUCCUCAGUCCCUUGGCACUAUCAAAGAAAUACACAUUUGGCAUAACAAUGCUGGAAGGUCGCCUGCCUGGUAUUUAUUUCGCGUGCUUAUCAGGGACUUACAGACCGACUCAAAGUGGUGGUUUAUUUGUGAUCGAUGGCUUGCUGUCGAGGAAGGCGAUGGUGCAGUCGAUCGAAAGCUUAACUUGGCAACCAAACAGGAACUGACCAGAUUUAACAUCUUAUUUGUGAAUGCUACCAGAAAAAAUCUCCUAGACGGACAUCUUUGGUUAUCAGUGUUUACACGCCCACCAAAGAGCACUUUCACUCGAGUGCAGCGAUUGUCUUGUUGCCUCUCAUUACUGUUAAGCACAAUGUUGGCAAACUUGAUGUUCUACCAAGUCGGUGCGGAUGACGACUCAGCCGCAAGUCAAUCGAUAUAUAUUGGACCAUUUAUUUUUAGCGUGAGACAGGUAAUGAUUGGCGUGCAAAGCAGUUUUGUGGUGUUGCCAGUGAACUUGAUCAUUGUGACGAUAUUUCGUAAGCUUAAACCAAAGGAGGAAAACUCAAAGUCAAAAAAGUAUGAAGAGGUUGUAGAAGAAGUGAGCUCUUCAAGCCCAACAAUGGGUUACCAAGACUUUCCUGUAAAAGCAGCUUCAACGUCUGAAAGCCGUGCAAGAGACGUGAUUAGCAGUAACUUACAAAUGGCAGAGAUUACUUGCCCUGAGGAGAGUGACAAUCCCAAGAAGAAGGACCUGAAUUGGAAGACAUUAUUGAAAAUUUUCAGUAGGGAUGAUGACGAUGAUAACACGAAAAAAGCGAAGAAGAAGUUCUUGUUUCCACAUUGGUGCAUUUACAUUAAUUAUCUGUUAGUGGCCCUUUCUUCGCUAACGUGCGGGUUCUUCUGUAUGCUGUACGGCUUCCAGUUUGGGAAGGAAAAAUCAGACAAGUGGCUCACAUCAAUGUUAGUUUCAUUCUUUCAGUCCAUCAUCGUUAUACAACCGUUCAAAGUGCUUCUUUUGGCAGCGUUCUUUGCGUUGAUUAUAAAGGAUCCCAAUAAAGAGGAGGAACAGGAACAAGAAAAUGUACUGGAUCCUGUAUUGAACACUGACGAAGAGUUUAUCGAGGGUGACGCAGAGAAGGAACCACGUAAGAUCGGUCUACAAAGCAAACCGCCGGACGCAAAGAAGUUGGAAGCUGCAAGAAAGCUAAGAUUAAAACAAUGUGAAAUGAAAGCAAUCAUUAACGAGAUCGUCACACAUAUUUUGGUGGUCUGCGUUGUGCUGGUCGUUGCUUAUGGCAACCACGAUAACAGAUCAUUUGCAAUGACUGAAGAAGUAAAAAACGUCUUGGGUACCAGUGAUUCAAAUAUCGUAUCAUUUAACGGGUUGACGAGGCAAGAAGCUUUUUGGCACUGGGUGGAAAACCUAACUGACAGUCUUUUUCCCUCGAGUUCAUCAGUCGACUACCCUUAUAUGGGCAUAAUAAAGAGCGGAGAAGUUUCGAACGUGCUGGGGCUUGGUCGCGUUCGACAACUAAGGAUUAAAAAGGAUACAUGCAAAGUUCCACUGGUUUUCACAACGUUUAUAACAGAAUGUAACGAUUAUUAUUCUUGGUCAAACGAGGAAAUGAAUGACUUCCUGCAAGGCUGGUCACCUCAGAACAAGACCAAACUCGAAAAAGGUAAAGAAACAAAACAAAUCUCUCCUUGGCAGUAUCAAAGCACUUUGGAAGCCAAUAGUUUUCCAUACUUGGGGAAAAUGGCUUCGUAUAGAGGAGGAGGCUUUAUCUUUGAGCUUGGGCCUGAUGGAGACGCUGUUUAUGGCGAGCUUAAAAAAUUGGAGACUAGCAACUGGAUUGACAGAUACACUAGAGCACUAUUUACUGAACUAAGCAUCUACAAUGUGAAUAUUAAUCUUCUCUGCGUGGCGACUUUGCUUUACGAAGAAUUACCCACUGGUGGUGGGCAACCUUUCGUCAACGUCCAAACAAUUCGCGUUUACAGGUACAUUGGGAAUUUUUCAGCUGCCCUCAUGGCUUGUGAGGUCAUAUUUGCAUUUUUGCUUUUAAACUGGAUCCUGAGAGAUGGCAAGAGGCUGUGGAGACAGAAAAAGUCCUUUUGGAAAAAUGUCUGGAACAUUGUCGAUAUUGCAAUAACGUCCCUUUCUGUGGCGUCUCUGGUACUCUAUUUCAUGCGACUUGUUUUUCUAACUUCAACUGUUGGAAAGGUGCGAGACGAUCCCUCGAAAUUUGUCAGUUUUCAGUACGUGGUGCUCUUAAACGAAGGAGUUAAUGCCAUGGUCGCAUUCGUCGUUUUGCUGUUGAACCUCAAGUUUCUUCGCUUAUUGAGAUUUAAUCGGAAGAUCUCCGUGUUAUCCAUGACAAUUAAAACCAGCGCCAGCAAGCUUGCCAGCUUUAUGAUAAUGUUCAUGGUGAUAUUUUUGGCCUAUUGCUUCCUAGUUUACCUCGUAUUCGGUUCUGCACUUGAAGAGUAUCGCUCCUUCAUAAGAUGCAUGGUAUCUUUGAUGUCCAUGGUACUGGGAAACUUUGAGUUCUAUGAUUUGGUGGCUGUUAAUGCUGUGAUUGGCCCAGCAGUCUUCUUCACUUUCAUGGUUGUGUUCCAGUUCAUACUUAUAAACAUGUUUAUUGGUAUUCUUUGUGACAGCUUCAACGAAGUUCGCUUUGAUUCGGAUAAACAAACCAACGAAUACGAAAUCUUGCAAUUUAUUUCCAACCGCAUGAAAGCUCUAGUUGGAAUGUUCGUUGAACCACCUAUUCGACCGGAGUAUAAUUGGCCCAAGAGCGAUUUGGAAAAGAAGGUAGAAACGAUAGAAGAGAAAGCUGACACUACUAUGUACUUUAUGCGAAAUUUGUGUGACGAAGAUGUGCGCCAAAUAAAAUGGUUUCAACCUGACCUAUGGUCAAGAAAGAAGAGCAAAGUUGUGUCACUCGUUCUAAACUCGGAUGCUGAAAUCCUGGAGAACGACUUGUGCGACGGGAUUGAGGCUAUGAACAACGUUAUUGAAAAAUGUUCCGAGAACGAAUUGGACAGGAUGAUUGCUACCUCAAGGUUGAAAAAGAGGAUUGAGUCUGCGGUUGCUUCAGUCAUGAGUGGGAGUCUGGUGUCUGUUCAUGAGGAACCGGAAGAGGUGAUCUCGCAAGCUUCUCAAGACAUUCUUAAUGAACAUGUGUUAACAGUGCAAGAAAUGCAAGGCUCACAGGAGCAAGGCUCACAGGACAUGUCCGAACACAGUGAGAGGGAAUCUGACGAAGAGGAGGAGGAUGAGAAAGAAAUCGAGGAGCAGUGGGAAGAGGAACUUGAGUUGUUGGAAGAACAUCUUGAAAACUAUACAUCGCAGUAUCAACCUUUCAAUACACCCGUGGUAAAUAGUGCUCUUUCGUUGAGGGGAGUCUCCGUCACAGGCAUGUUCCAAGGUACGCAAGACGUCGCCUACAGCAGGGAAGUGGACGAUAGCGUAAUGAAAAGCGUGGCAUCCCUGGAAAUUACUUCUUCCGCAAGACCGGAGCAGCUCGAAGAAACCCAAGGUAUUAUUGCAGAGGUCAGAUCGCAAAGCAGUGAAGACGAGAUGGAGGAUGAUGUCUUCCAAAAUAGUUCACCACAGAGUGCAGUGGGAAAUACCUCUCCUACUUGGCAAAGCAUUUCAGCAUGGGCUCCUGGGAGAAGUACUGGGAACAACACCAUAGUAUACGUGGAAAAUGACAACAAAGAAUCUGGGUGCAGUGGAAAUGAAGACUAUACUACAAAAGGAGAAGAAGAGAUUGUUUCAAAAAGGAGAGAAAGCGAGGCCUAAACAUAUUCAUGCUUCUUGCAGCGUAAUCAUAUCGUUUAGAGACUUCAACGAUCGAUAGCUUGGUUUCGAUUUGCUCGAAUACUUCUCUUUGGACUAACCGGUUAACAAUUACCUAACGCAUUAUCAUCAAAUAUGUUUAUGUCUAAAUCAGAGAGUUGAAUACACAUGUUCAACAAGUUCAAGGGUUCAGCGAACAAAAUGAACCACCAAACACCAUAGAAUAGCGCCCCAAGCAUUAGCCGAAAUAACAAAUAGAAGAUACGAAAUAUAUCUUUAAAUUGAAAAAAAAAAUGCACGAGCCAACAAGUUUCUUAAUACUUAAUGGUUGAAAAUGUCUGACACAUCCCUGUAGAUGAUAUGAAUUUAGCAAGAAUAAUGUUAAGCUGAUGUCUUUAACCACAAGUAGUAGUUUAACAGGUUUGACUCAAGUCGGUAACCAUUUAAGCUUCUCGUCGUUACGGGGACAUUCUCAUGUUUAUACACAUUUACG